GAUGGAAGACCAUCCGUCGUCCAUCCCCUACCCCAACCGCAGGCACGCCGCGCGCCCAGAGGCCCAGGUGUCCGAGCGCCCCUCCAAUCUACCACCCUCGCACGCCCCCACGCCGUACCCACCACAAUGUGACGGGCGACCUUUCCAGAGCGACGCCGCAGUUCGCUAUCCGCGAGGGAAGGGAACCCAGCCAGCCAUCUGCCUCACCAAACCACUCUAAUCAGGCCGCGUUGCCAGCCGCUCAAGCCAAGACAGCCGCCUAAUUCCCCCGGGAUCGUGGCUCGUGCUGAGCUAAUCGGGGCGCUCCAAUCACCCCUCUCCAAGAUCUCGACAGGACUAGCCCAUGCGCGUGUCCGUUGGAGUUGAUAAGGGGCGCCAUGGGUAUGAGGAGCAGGCACCAAAAGGCGUUUGGUCUCCGCUGCUAUCCGGCAGGCCACCGGUCGGUAACCCUGUUACUGUGGAGCCUAGCGGCGCUGGUUGUCGUUGUGAAUUUCCAUCUUCUCAUCAUUCAUAAGGAGGAGGAUGAGAGUAUGAGUACACACGAGAUCCGUCGAUCGAUUAUGAGGGAACUGGAAGCGGUGGAGGAGGAGAAGUUCAAGUUAUCUCCUCCCCGGAGCCGGAGGAAUCCCCGGGCUGUGCGGCGCAAGGGCGAGAGGAAGCCUCCUACAAUAGUGGAUGAGUUCUUGGAUGAGUCUUCUGCAGUUCAUGAUAUGUUCUUCCCAGAACUAAACAUGGCUGUAGAUCCAAUCAAUGGUGGGAAUGACAGCAUGUACUUAUACUACCCAGGGAGAGUCUGGCUUGAUACCGAUGGCAAGCCGAUCCAAGCUCAUGGAGGAGGUGUACUGUAUGAUAAGAAGACCAAGACCUAUUUCUGGUAUGGGGAGAAUAAGGAUGGAAAAACCUACAAAACUCACAGCAAGGGAGCAGACCGGGUUGACAUCGUUGGAGUAAGUUGCUAUUCUUCAAAGGACCUAUGGACGUGGAAAAAUGAAGGAGUUGUCCUCCGGGGUGAGGAAAAGAAUGUAACACAUGACCUCCACAAAUCCAAUGUCCUGGAGAGGCCCAAGGUGAUAUACAAUGACCGGACUGGCAAAUAUGUGAUGUGGAUGCACAUAGAUGAUGCUAACUACACUAAAGCUUCAGUUGGUGUGGCUGUCAGUGAUUCCCCAACCGGCCUGUUCACUUAUCUCUACAGCAAGCGCCCACAUGACUGCGAAAGUAGAGACAUGACCAUCUUCAAGGAUGAUGAUGGGAAGGCCUACCUGAUAUACUCUUCUGAGGACAACAGUGAGCUCCACAUCGGUCCGUUAACUGAUGACUACCUUGAUGUCACUGAUGAUAUGCGGAGGUUUCUCAUUGCACAGCACCGAGAAGCUCCUGCGCUUUUCAAGCACGAAGGCACCUACUAUAUGGUAACCUCUGGCUGCACGGGCUGGGCACCAAACACUGCACUGGCUCACGCGGCAACUUCAGUGAUGGGACCUUGGGAGACACUGGGGAACCCCUGCGUGGGAGGGAAUGAGGUCUUCAGAUCAACAACAUUCUUCUCCCAGAGUACAUUCGUGUUGCCAGUUCCAGGGCUACCAGGCUCAUUCAUCUUCAUGGCUGAUCGGUGGAAUCCGUCCGACCUGAGAGAUUCUCGGUAUGUCUGGCUACCUCUGACGAUAGGAGGAGUCCCUGAUGAAGCUGCGGACUACAGCUUCAUGUUCCCCCUCUGGUCCAGGGUGUCCAUUUACUGGCACAAACGGUGGCGUCUCCCUGAUGGGUGGAGGGAUUCCUGA